CCACGUAACGCGUAAGAAGCCGACGGUUGUCUCUCUCACACGGCGGGGAUCCCGAAGAUUAAACUACAAAGGUAACUCCGUUGCUGAGUAUCAAGCGAAGUGUAAUCCUUUUGAAUUAUUUAGAUUUCAGCCAUAACUUUCGUUCUGUUUAUAAAUAAGAGAAGAUGAAGCAGAGCUCAAAAUCCAAUAUGCACAGAAGAACCAAAUUUCCCUUCUCGUUCUCAUCAUCAUCACCGUUGAUUUUGUUGUUGGCUUUGAUCUUUGUAAUCAGAAUGGCCGAGUCUGUUCCUUCAACGGCUGAUUCAUCAUCAACAGCAUCGGUUCAGAUUGUCUAUACCGAGAGACCUCAGGACGAGGAGCCUGAGGCUUACCAUAUCCGAACCCUCGCCUCUGUUCUUGGCAGCGAGGAUGCUGCAAAGGAGGCUUUGCUUUAUAGUUAUAAGGCAGCAGCGAGUGGAUUCUCUGCCAAGCUGACACCACAACAAGUUGAACAAAUCUCAAAACUUCCAGGUGUUCUUCAGGUUGUCCCCAGCAAGAAACUUCAGCUGCAUACAGGACCUGGGAUUGGGAGGCUGCAUUAAAUAGCUGUUAAAGCCUUCCCCAACUCUUCCUUCGUGUAUGAACAAGUUUAUCCCGUGUCCUGUGUUUGUACUGCAACGUUUGACAUAUUAAUAAAGUUCUGGAUCUAAA